AUGGAUGAUCACCCGGGGGAUCUGCAUUGCUUUUAUUUGGAUUGCAUAUACACACGCGUUUUGGCGCCGGAAGAACCGAGGUUGCAAGGUUCCUGGGCGAAACGCGACGAUGAUGACGACUUUCUUUUUUGCUUUCUUUGGGACACAUAUAUACACCUGCUCAUUGGAUACUCAUCGCCCGAGGUCGGGUUCUCAGUAUUACACGGGCAUUUAGAUGGUGACCCUUUGGUCACCGUGCAAAACGAAAGCAAAUUAUUGGCCAGCAAGGCCGUCGAUAUCGGUUUCCCUGAAUAUUCCCAUGUCAAAACGUCCACCUCUUACUUCUCUCUAAUGCAGUAG